GUAUGCGCUGCGAUUGCCAUCAGGCCCGCGGUCAGUGACAGUGAUCUCGCCCACCGCGUGCGCACGUAACCUAUUUACUUUGUAGACUAGAACUGCUGCAGUUAGUAUCGUGAGGCGCAUUGAUACACAACUCGUGCGAAGUACAGUGCGGGACGUGAGAAGUAACAGCUAACACCGAUCAUUCAUUACGUUUCCACUGGACAUAUUUGUAAAAUUUCAUUUUAUCCACGCUGUAAAGAAGUAAUUUCCAAAGUUAUGGUCCUCUCGCGAGUCCGUACGUCAACAUGAUGAUGAUGGGGGGCGUGUUCUGGUUCGGAAUUUGCUGCAGAAUACUUGGCAUUCCAACAGGCAGGUCCCAUUCACAAAAAAAGUGCGUACACCCCCUGUUUCCCCGCCCAACGAUGACGUAGGAAUCAAGUUAUAUACUUCUGCAAUGCAAUUCGAUCCAGCAGUAGAGAAAGAAAUUUUUAGGAAGUUUAACUUACUUGGUUUGGUAUAUUAAUGGUGAUCAUGCCCUCGCCGAGAAUAACAAUUUUUUAUGUUGUUGUGGCAACAGCAAUGGGUACAAUUUCUGUUGGAGAAGGACGCUUUCAAAGUGGAGUGGUCUGUGGCCAGGAGAUGUACACCUACAACUACACCUGCAACUACAGUGCCAACGAUAUUGAUGAGAUCAGCUUAGAAGAUAUCCUUUCAGAUGUAGAGUGCAUCGCAGAAUAUUGGGUACUUCAAAAUGACACAGUGGCUGCUAGCAUUGAGUCAGAAGUAGCAAAAUUCUCCUAUCCAGUAAAGGCUGUUGAGAAGAAAAGGUUAACUGUCCUGGAGUGUGUUGAUUUAUUGUAUACAUGCACUGAUCGUGCCCUGAGGGACACUAGAAUUUGUGUACUUGGUAAGAAGCAUCCUGAACCACAAAAUAAUAUUACUUCAGAUGCAGUUGUUGUUGCUGUCGCUGUAAUUGCUGCUGUACUGAUUACUGGAAUUUUCAUUUUUGCCAUUAUCCUAUGUAAAAAGAGAAGAAGAGAUGAAGAAAUGGGAACUCGAAGCAGUGAUGGACAUAUUGAACAAAUGAAGUCCUUAUUGAAACAAGAAACAGAAGGAAGUGGGUGAUACUGUGUAGGAUAGUCACUCACCAGCCCUAAACAAAUUUGUGCACAACAUGUAGAACAAGCCAUUAUAAAACCUAUCACAGCCUAACACUGACUUGUUGGACUGUAAAUGAAAGAUGAGCAGUUGAACAACUUGUUAUCUGACACUGUAGGUAAAAUAGUGUGCCAAACUUGCAGGUAACACCUUUUUCAUGUUGCUAGGUGAAGCUGUGACCUCUUAAGCUUCACCUGUAAUGUUGCACUUUUCUGAAAAGCUCUCUUACACCACUGAAGCUUUCAACUUCUGCAUUCUUUUUAACUGAACAGUUGUGAAGAACCAUAAUCAAACCUGAGAAAGUUACACCAAUGAGAUGAGUUUACAACUGCAAACUCCUACAAACACUGACACUGAAAACACACCUGACUAACAUGGAUGUUUGUGAGAUCCGGUCCUGGCAGAAAAUGCUAUCUCUUUCCCAUAAUGCUUUGCGUGACACCAAAAGCAUUUCUGCCUGGUAUAGCUUUUUGGGACAACAGAUCCUGGUAGGGGAACACUGCCUUUCUUCCAUGGUGUUUUGUUGAUACUUUAAGGGAUAUGUUUUCUUGAAGUGAUUUUAUUUUGUUAGUACUUCAGUGAAAAGGUUUUUGCUUUGUUGAAGCUGUAUCUUAAUAUGGCAUCCACUGUCAAGCAUCUUGGAGUAGAGACGAGGUAAAAAAGGUUCUUAUAGUUACAUUUUCUCAAGUCUGUGAAACCACAGUGGUAGCAUAUAUAGACAGAGGGGUACAGGAGGGCAGAGGUAAAAUGUUUUUGAACUUACUUGCAGUAUGUUUAUAUGCUGUUGCAUUAGUUACGUAUAUAUUUUAUGAUAUUUUGCUUCUGUGGUCAGACUUCAUUAUAGAGAUAUGCUGGCAAAGACUGGUCAAGAUGUACUAUGGUUUGCACUUAUACUAUGUUUAUGUUUGUACAAAUUCACAUACCCAUGCUAUCGUUGUGUGCACGUGUGCUCCAUCAUUUCAGAAUGUGAUUAAAGUAUGUUUAUGUGCUUUUAUUCAGUGUAAUCCUCUGUGGCAACACUUGCAUUUGCACUGUGUGAGGCACUACAGACAACCGUGAUUAUUUAUUUUUUUACCAUUAUUGUUUUUUUGGGGGAGGGGUAUUUAUUUACGUUAUGACUUCUGUUAAUCCAUCAGACUGUAAUGCUCUGUUGUACCCUUCUGUGACUUAUUCUGGAUUGCAUAUGCCACAUUACCUGGCAGACUUCAUUCUGUUUACAAUGCAUGUACUAUUUGUAUAUAUCAUCACAACUUCUAUAUGCCAUGUUUGGCACUGCAUGUUUAUACAGAGUAUUUUGUUGUAAUUCAGAACAUUUAGUGCAUCAGCAUUAUGUAUGCACACUGCUGCCUUUUAGUAUGACCCAUUCAAACUGCUGUGGUGUGCAUUAUAUUUUCAGUCUGUAUUUCAGUCCUUCACUAACAGACUAAUAUUUUAGUAUGAAUUGUAAAGCAACAUGCAAUAGCUGAACUGAAACCCCAGUAUUCUUUGCAGACUGUAUUGGUAGAUUUACUGCAGGGUUGGAUCAGCUAUUGAGCUGGUAUUUUCUGCGAUGCCUCUCGUUAAUAAGAUUGCAGAUGGAUGUAACACCUCAGUAUGAUAAUUUACAUGCUCCCUUUACAUAGGGGGAUAAACAUGUAUGCAGCUGCAGAACUGCUGUACUUUGGGGAAGAAGAAAGCUACCUGGUAAGAUUUAGUAUUAUAAGGGACCAUGCACUGAGCAUAAAAUCAUGCUACCAUAAAGAUGUAAGUUGUUUUAAAAUAUGUGGGAAUGUAUGCACUGUAGUGUCUAUCUGUAGUUGUAGUAUGUUUUAUGAUUGGUGACAGUGUGACAUAUGCACUAUAAUGAUGACCAGCUGUAGUAUGUUUUAUGAUUGGUGGCAUUGUGAUGGUUUAUUUAUUUAUUUUACAUUUGUUGACCGGGCUAGUCUAGCUGGAUAUAUGUCCAUUUUCAGUAGAGGCCCAGGGAGAUAAGCUCCAACAGUCAUUACAAGUUUAAAUAGAGAAUAGGUACUACAAGAUUAAAAUUUAUAAACAGAGCUAGUUAAUACACAAAUAUGAUAGGAGCAAAAAUGAAAAGUAUAAUCCCAUGAUGUUUUAAAAUGAAAAUAAAAAUACAAAAAAGUUAUUUUUUUUAUUUAUUUAUUUUUUUUUUAUUUUGGAUUACAAAAGUCAUUCAGUGUAUAUGUGAUACGCUAUCAGGAUAUAAGGAGAAGAGAAAGAACGAAUCAUGUAAGAAGAAAGGAGAGAGAGGAAGAAGGAAAGUUAAUCUGGGUUGGUGCAGGAACAAAGCCAGUGUUUAAGAUGCAUUUUCAGUGGCUUUUUAAAAAGUGGCAGAGAGGAUAAAGAUGAGAUAUCAGAGGGGAGUUUGUUCCACAUUUUUCCAACAGAGUUAGAAAAGAGGGAGUCACCUGUAAUUCAAUUACAAAAUGGUUUAAUUAUUAAUCAAUGCAAGCAGCUAUUUAAACUGAUGUUUUACACUCUGUCAUCAACUUGAAAAAGCUCGGAAUAUCCGAGCGAAAGCGCUUGUGAUACGUGGUAUUAGUGUUUUGUUCUUCUACAAUAAAAGACCAGUUUUGGAUUUAUUUAAAGUUGGUGGCUUAGCUUCGUGGUCUUAACGUUUGUUCUUGGUUCUGUUCUCUAAUUUGUUUCUGCUUCAUAGCUUCACAGACCUUGUCCUGUGUUCCCCUUUCAUUGUUGCCUGUGUGGAAUUUGUAUGCUGCCUGCAUUUUGACUGGGUAUUCCACUUUCUUCCCACCAUCCUAAAAUGCAGUCAUUGGCUGUUUUUAACUUUCUAUGUGUGUUGCAUUUCAUCCUUGCCAUUGUGAACUACAUCUUGCGUAAAAGUUUGCAAAGGAUCAGUUUAGUUGCAUGAAUGACAAAUGAAAUGCAAGCUUACUGAGGCAGGGGACGAUUGAAUGUAUCUAGUACAUUGUAAUGAUUUGUAUACUGCUGUAUAAUUUUUGUACUUGAAAUGUGUAUUAUGUAGUCUGCAUUGCACUUUUUGAAAUAAAACACUUUAUACUGUA